CAAACCCUCACCCCUUUCUCGCUCUCGUUUGCUCUCUAGCUCUCUCUUUAUUUCUCUCUCUUGCUCUCGCUCCCUUGGCCUCUUUCACAAGUGUUCUACUUCUACCAAAACGCUUUUCAAAACCCUAGAAUCUGUCUCUGUUACUCUCUCCAUCUCCAUUUCUCUAAUCUCUAAAGCUUCGGUCUCAUCGAAGACCCUCCAACCAACCACUACUCUUCUUCGCUCCUUCCCUCUCUCUUUCGAUCUUCUCUCGCUGCUUCGCCACUCCCGAUGGCCGAAAGCAAGCUCGAUCUGCCCGACGAUCUCAUCUCUACCAAGCCCUCCGAUCAGUUUUGGACCGCUACAGUGGUAGCCUCUGGAGGAAACGACGAUGAAAAGGCGCUUAUGGGGUUAGCUGAUGAGUCAAAAGAUCAACUGGCAUCAGAAAGCAGCAUACCUUUGUCUCCUCAAUGGCUUUAUUCCAAACCAAACGAGACUAAGAUGGAUGGGAAGGAAACGCGUGCACCAAAUUCUGCAGCUCUCGGAAAUUCCACCGAUCCCAAUCAGAAGGAGGGUUGGCGUUUAGAUGCAUCUGAGGACAAAAAAGAUUGGAGGAAGAUUGCUACUGACACUGAAAGUAACCGCCGCUGGCGUGAAGAGGAAAGAGAAACAGGCUUACUUGGUGGUAGAAGAAAUCUCAGGAAGGUGGAUCGACGUGUUGACACUGUGUCAAUCCGGGAAUCCAUUGACAGUCGAGCUUUGCCCACAUCUGAGAGGUGGCAUGAUGGUAGUAACCGUAAUUCUGUCCAUGAAACACGGCGUGAUAGUAAGUGGUCAUCUAGGUGGGGUCCUGAAGAAAGAGAGAAGGAAUCCCGAACUGAGAAAAGGCCAGAUGUAGAUAAGGAAGAUGCUCAUAGUGACAACCAAUCUUUUGUAGGUAGCAACCGCCCGGCUCCUGAGCGUGAUUCAGAUUCUCGAGAUAAAUGGAGACCACGUCACAGGAUGGAGCUUCAUUCUGGUGGGCCAACUUCCUACCGGGCUGCACCUGGAUUUGGUAUUGAGAGAGCACGUUUGGAGGGUUCACAUGUGGGAUUUGCUAUUGGACGUGGAAGGUCAAUCGCUCUUGGUAGCACACCAGUUUUAAGGUCUUCGUCUGCUGGCCCCAUUGGCGGUGCUCAAUUUGAGAGGAAUGGAAAUGUUACUGGGAAACUGAAUCUCUUGGAUGAUACUCUUUGCUACCCAAGGGGAAAACUUCUUGACAUAUAUCGUCGAAAAAAACUUGAUCCAUCUUUUGCUACCAUGCCUGAAAAUAUGGAGGAAACACCUCAUAUAACACUAGGAGACUUUAUUGAACCAUUAGCUUUUGUCGCCCCUGAUGCAGAAGAAGAGGUUAUCCUUCGUGAUAUAUGGAAAGGAAAAAUCACAAGUAGUGGGGUGGUAUACAAUUCAUUUAGAAAGGGGAGAACAACUGAAAAUGUUACAGGCGUUGAAGAUCUGGAAUCCCCCAAGGAAAAACAGGGUAUACUCCCUUCAAUUACAACCAAAGAGAUUGCUGAUACCUUUCCUGAAGGUGUAAAUGAUGGUGCAUACCAAGAUGAUGACAGUGGCAUCUCCUUUAAUUACAACAUGACGAAGAACAUGAUAGAUGAGAUGGAUGCUAAUCAAGGGGAAGGAAAAUACAGUGUUGCUGGAAUGGAUGAUAUGAUAUCGACAGUUUCAAAAGGCAGCAGUUUGUGUGGUGUCUCAGAGAUGAGUGGUGCCAACAGAACUGCUUCUCAGCUCAAAGUUGUUGAAAAUGAGCAUUUGGCCAACUCUGAUUUUGCCAAACAUGAUAAGCUUGACAACAUUACCUCUGCUGCUUCUUUUGAUAUCGGUUGUGGGCUUCCUGAUAUUUCAAAUUCUAUAUUUGCUUUGCCCUCCCCCAAGCAUAGUCUAAGUAGCAAUAUGCAGCACUUGAACAGCACCGGUGGGGCCAAUCUUUUGGGAAGGGUUAUCCCACCUGAGGAUUUUAGUUUGCACUACCUGGAUCCUCAAGGGGAAAUACAGGGACCAUUUCUUGGGGUUGACAUCAUAUCUUGGUUCAAACAAGGUUUCUUUGGAAUAGAUUUACCUGUCCGAUUGUCUGAUGCUCCAGAAGGAAUACCUUUCCAAGAUUUGGGUGAGAUCAUGCCACACCUGAAAACUAAAGAUGGGGCCAAUAGCACUGAUGCAAGUUCUGAGCUAGAACAUGCUGGCAUUUUGGGAGCAAACUUGGAGGCAAGUUCACCUGCUCCUGGUCCUGUUCCUGUUCCCGACAUUGCAGACACAACUGCAUUAAAUGAUCAUCACUGGUCACUGUCUGAGUUUGAUGGUCUCUCAUCUCAGAACUUCCAGCAAAGAAAAUCUGAGCGUGAAGGUCCAUUGCAACUGUCAUAUUCUGAUGGUCAAAGCUUUCAUGACUUUUCUCCACAAGAUGAAGAAAUUGUGUUUCCAGGACGACCUGGCAGUGGUGGUGGUGGUUAUCCAAUUGGGAAACCUUCUAGAAGCACUCAAGAUCCUUUGGCAAAUCCUAUUACUUACUCUUCUCUUCCAAAUGAAUUGACAGAACCUGUUAUGGCAAAUCAGAACGACAAUAAGUUGCACCAAUUUGGCUUGUUGUGGUCUGAGCUUGAAGGUGCUCAUCCAACGCAUGCCCAGCCAUCAAAUCUGUCUUCCAGCAUUGGAAGGCUUGGUCCCCUUGGUGCAAUGGCUGGUUCAACCCCUGAUGCAGAGGCAUUCUCUGAUGUUUAUCGAAGAAAUAUACUUUCCAACCCCAACUCAUAUCAAGAUGCUACGGCUACUCGCCAUUUGUCCCACAUUGAACAAGACUCCAACCGUUUUGAUUUAGCUGAGCAGCUUAUGCGCCAACAAUUUCAACAACAGCUCCAACAGAGGCAGUUGCAACAGCAAAAUCUGUUAUCUUCUCAUGCCCACUUGAAUGAAUCUCUUCUAGAACAAGUGGCUAGUCGGAAUCACAUGCACCACCAGCGCUUGGCCAAUCAACCAGUGCCUGAUCUGGAGCACUUGAUGGCACUUCAGCUUCAACAACAACGGCAGCUUCAGCUACAACAAGAUCAUCAAUUGCAACAACAGUUUCAUCAAAAGCAAAUGUUAUUGCAGGAGCAAAAGCAGGCACAAGCUCGACAAGCACUUCUUGAACAGUUGAUGCAUGGUCAAAUGCACGAUCCUGGGCUUAGGCAGUUCCCUAUGGAUCCUGUCAGAACCAACAAUGGUCUUGAUCAGGUUUUACUAAAGCAGCACAUUCUACAUGAGAUACAACAGCGUUCCCACCAUCCUUCGAGGCAUGUUGAUCCAUCUCUAGAUCAACUUAUUCAAACAAAAUUUGCUCAAACACCACAAGAUGAGCAUCAACGUGAUAUAUUUGAACUCAUUUCACAUGCAAAGCAAUCACAGAUGCGUUCUUUGGAACACCAGAUUUCCCACCAAGAGCAGCUCCGAGCAAGGCAAUUGUCAAUGGGAUUGAGGCAGCGUAUGGAAAUGGAAGAAGAAAGGCACAUGGGUACUGCCUGGCCAUUUGAUGAAACUGCACAUUUUCUCAGGUCUCCUGCUGGUACUCAUCGAGUUCAGACCGCUGGGUUUAGCCCAUUAGAUUUUUAUCAGCAACAGCAGAGGGCACCUUUGCAUGAAGAGCAAUUGAGUCACCUUGAGCGGAAUCUUUCAAGACAAGAGCGACUUCAGCGGGGGGCCUAUGAGCCUGGCUCGCUGGCCUUUGAGCGGUCAAUGUCUAUGCCUACUGGUGCUCCAGGGAUGAACCUGGAUGUUGUGAAUGCUAUGGCUCAUCCUCAAGGUUUAGAUCUGCCGGAUCCUAGCUCACAUAUGCACUCUGGUGGUCAAUUAGAUCCAUUCUCAUCUGGUUCACAUCCUCGUCACCCUCAGCACCCUCUAGUUCCUAACCAAUUUCAUGUUUCACAUUUGGAUGCAACUGAAGGCCAUUGGUCUGAGAGCAAUGGACAUUUGGCAAAUGAUUGGAUGCAAUCCCAGGUUCAACAUCUGCAGCUUAAUGCUGAGCGACAGAGAAGGGAGUUGGAAGUUAAAAAGAAUUCUGAAGAUCCUAAUUCAUGGAUGUCUGUUGGAAUCAAUGAUGACAAAUCAAAACGCUUACUCAUGGAACUGCUCCAUAAGAACUGGAACCAUCAGUCUACUGAGUCAGCGGACACAAGCAAUGAAGUUUCUUAUGAAAGAAGGGAACCUUCUGCUCACUUUUCUGGGUCAAGCUCUUCAGAACAUCCAUUCAGUCUUAUCCCAGACCGAGGAACAGGUCUAAACAACUCGUUUGCAGCAGGAUCUUAUGGUUCUAAUUUGGUCGGGCAAUCUCAUGUUAAUUUAGCUGAUGGACAGGGUAGCAGUUUGGAAAGCAAUGAAAAAUUGCCCAUUAGAUCCUAUUCUGGAUCAUUGUUUAUGGACAGAGAGUUCUCAGACGUGGAGGGAAAGAAGCGUAGCUCCAAGGUUGAGGGUUUUACAAAGGGGCUAAUUUUUGAGAAUCAAGAAGGAAUGACAGAGCAAGCAGAGGUUCCAAUGAAUGCCAUUAGCCAGCAUUCUUCACUUGGCAUUGCGGGUGGGGGUUCUGGUUUCUAUGAUGACAAGAUUGGUAUAUCUGGUUCAUUUGCAGAAGAGAUUGCUAAGGAUCGGGUUUCAACCAUCCUAUCAAAAGGGCAAGAUAAUCUUUUGCUACAACGUCCACCUGUCUCCAGGGUUUCGUCAUCACAGGAAGCAUUGUCCGAAUUGGCAUCUGAUCCAGCUCUCAGAGGGAAAAUUGUUCCAAGUGGUGGUCCUCCUGAUGGGGGAAGACAAGAUUUGGGUGGGAACCCAGGGAACCAAGGUUCUGAAAUUCCAGCCUCAGGCAAGAAGGACGGCCAUCUUCGGCGCACUUCAUCUUCCAGCGAAGCUGAUGUAUCAGAAACAAAGUUCAUAGACAUGCUGAAGAGUAAUGCCAAGAAACCGGCACCACAGGAGCCCCAAGGGGCGGCAGGAGCCUCAGACUCAACAGAUGGAGCACAAGGGGGACGAAGUGGCAAGAAGAAAGGAAAGAAAGUGAGGCCUCUUGAUUCGGCCUUCCUGGGUUUCAAGGUAACCAGCAACCGCAUCAUGAUGGGUGAGAUCCAACGCAUAGAUGAUUAAAACCACCCCCAGCCCCCCUCUUGACCCUGUAUAAUUUUAAUUUCUUAGACAAUGUAAAGCCUUUACCAAAAAAAAAAUCUCACUGUAAAGCAUUUGCAGAUGAAAAUUCGUUGAUUUUUUUUAACCUUUUCUUUUUGGCUUCCAUUUUCCUCUUUUACUUUGUUCCUUUAAUGAUCGGGAAAGCCUGGUUUAGUUUUGAAAAUGGAAUCUGAUUAUGGUGUAGACUGACAGGUAAAAGCGUUGUAUAGAGACAGAUCAUGUAUCGGAAAUUAAUCAGUGCAUAGAAUUAUAUUUACAAACA